GUCGUGACCGCCGUACCUUACGCCUCCGUUUCGCAAGGUAAUCUCUCUCUUUAACCAAAAUGCCGGGAGUACGUGAUAUCAGCGCGGAGGCUUUCAUCGCCGCAUACGCUUCCCACCUCAAGCGUUCGGGCAAGCUUGAGGUCCCUACAUGGGUGGACAUUGUCAAGACUGGCGCAUUCAAGGAACUCGCUCCCUACGACCCUGACUGGUACUAUGUCCGUGCAGCUGCUGUCGCACGACACAUCUACCUCCGCAAGGAUGUCGGCAUCGGAGCCCUAACCAAGCUUCACGGUGGCGCCAAGCGCCGGGGUAACCGUCCCUCACACCACGCGUCCGCUUCUGCGUCAGUCCAGCGCAAAGUCUGCCAGUCACUCGAGAAGAUUGGCGUCCUCGAGAAGUCUGACAACGGUGGCCGCCGCAUCAGCCAAGACGGUCAGCGGGAUCUUGACCGUAUCGCCACCGCGGUCGUCGAGGCGCAACGGGAAGAGGCUGAGGAGGAAGAGGAGGAGGAGGAGGCUGGAGAAGAGGAAGAGGAAUAGACAGCUCGCCUGCAGACUUGGGAGAGGAUUCCUCGUUAGUGCUGUGCGGCAGACAGGAUCCCUGCUAUGGCGGCACCGCAUUACGAUCUCGCGCUGUCCCACCUUUCCAUGCUGGCACCACAUGCGAAAUCACUGAAAACUGGAUUACCUGUCGAACAGUACUCUUUGCUCAAGUCGGAGUCUAAAAGCGGUAUAUCUGCCUCUUUUAUGCUGGCCUCUGUUCCCGGGUUUUAUCUGUAUCGCUAUCGUUUCUACGUAAAUCCGUCUGGGAUCUCAUUACUUUCUUCAUGGAAACGGCGCUUACAUCUCCUCGUCCAUUUGGCUCUGCUACAAUUUUACACCUGAGUUCAGUUCUAAGUAAGCGCCAUCUCCUGACGCGUAGAUUUGUGGCGCCAUAUCGCUUG